AUGAUCUCUACAGUCUUCACUAUUCUGAGUGCUUGGCCUCUACUCACCAGCGGACUGGUCACGUCUUUGACCGAGCGACAAUCAUCACCGUGUUCCGGCAACACGCCCACAAACCGGUCGUCAUGGUGUGAUUACUCAAUCGACACGGAUUACACCCGCGUGGUUCCCAACACUGGUGUCACCCGCGAGUACUGGCUUGACAUUGUCGACAUCGUCGCCUCACCAGAUGGAGUGCCAAGGCCAGCAAUGGCUGCGAACGGUACCAUUCCCGGCCCGACUCUCUUUGCGGAUUGGGGAGAUACCGUCGUCGUCCAUGUCCGAAACUCGAUGCACACCUCCAAGAACGGCACCAGCAUACACUUCCACGGCAUCCGCCAACUCUUCAACAACCAAAACGACGGCGUCGUCUCCAUGACGCAAUGUCCCACGCCCGUCAACCACACCGUCACAUAUACCUGGAGAGCCAUGCAAUACGGCUCUACCUGGUACCAUUCGCACUUUGGCCUGCAGGCGUGGGAGGGCGUCUUUGGCGGCAUCGUCAUCAACGGGCCAGCCACCGCAAACUACGACGUCGACCUCGGUCCUCUCUUCCUCACCGACUGGGACCAUGCCACCGCCUACGAGCGCUCGACCGUCCACAAGUCCUACUUCCUGCCGCCGCUGCUCCAGACCGGCCUCAUCAACGGCACCAACACCUACGGCAGCACCGGCCAGCGACUGAACAUCCGCUUCGAGGCGGGCAAGACGUACCGCCUGCGGUUGGUGAAUGCCGCACUCAUCUCCCACUUCAAGUUCAUGAUCGACAACCACGACAUGACCGUCGUCGCGCACGACCUGGUCCCCGUGACGCCGUACACGGUCAAGGUCCUGGACAUCACCAUGGGCCAGCGGUACGACAUCCUGGUCACCGCCAACCAGGCCGCCGCAGCACGGCAGUUCUGGAUGCGCUCCGUGCCCCUCGGCCUCUGUGGCGACCCGAAUUGGAGACCCAACGACAUCCGCGCCGUCGUCCACUACGACGAGACCUGGAAGGACCCGUCCACGCUGGGGUACCCGUACUCCCAGACCUGCGGCGACCUGACCGAUAGCGGAAGGCCGCACGUCAAGGAGGACGUGCAGAAGCCGGACGUGCAGGUCUCGGAGACGACGAGUUUCGACAAGGAGGGGGACGGGUACUGGUACUGGACCCUUCGGGGGGCACCGUUGCUGAUCGAGUGGCAGGACCCGACCCUCAGCAAGCUCCUCCGCCACGACACCAACUUUCAAAAAAACGACUCCGUGAUUGAGCUCCCGCAAGCCAACAAAACCUUUAACCUCGUCAUCCAGAACCCGCUGUUCGUCGCGCACCCGAUCCACCUGCACGGGCACGACUUCUUCGUCCUCGGGCAGGGCGUCGGGCCGUUCCUCCCCGGCGCCUCCCGGCUGACCACCGCCAACCCGCCCCGGCGCGACACGGCGCUGCUGCCGGGCUCGGGUUACCUGGUGCUCGGCUUCGUGACGGACAACCCGGGCGUGUGGCUGAUGCACUGCCACAUCGGGUACCACGUGGAGAUGGGCUUCGCGCUGCAGUUCGUGGAGCGGGCGGCGGAGAUUCCGGGCAUCGUGGACGGGGAUGCGUUGGAGGAGGGCUGUGCGGCCUGGACGCAGUUCCAGCGGGAGAAUGGCAUCGUGCAGGAUGAUUCGGGGGUCUGA